AUGACGACAUCAGUUGGUCCUGUGUACUUCUUUGAUCAGCACAAGUGGAGCGCUGAAGGUCGACUUCCUCACGGGCUUGUGAACAUCCUCCACUACACCUGGCAGGAGCUGACCGCAGGGGCCCGACUGCUGCCUGCUACACAGCACUUAGAGAAACACAGAAAAUCUCUGGCAUCAUCAAAUAUAGAUUUAUCCCCACGACCCCUGUCAACCAAUCAAAAACGAGUAUCAUCAUCAGAACCUAAACGGCCAAUAUUACUACGCCACUAUGGGAAUCCACAGCCACAACAUAGAGAUAAAAGUGAAAAGACCAAAGCCCAUCCUGCGAUUUUAUUAAACGGUUUGCCUCAGAUCCCUGAUAUGCAGCUGUCGGACACUCAGAAGAACCAACAGAAGCUACACUACCAGAUCAGUGAUGGCUCCUCCAUAAUAUACUACCCGUCUGGUUGUAUGGCGGUGUGCCAAAGCUGCUCCGGUCAGCCUCCUGGAGGUUUUUACUCCAAUGUGUUUUCUGAUAGUGACCCUCCCAUGAUCAUUGCAACUAUUACAGCGUCUGGACAUGGUACCGUGAUGCACCCACACAGUUCUGCCGUUUCAGCAGUCUGGGACCAGGAAGGUGGGCUUAUAUUUGACCACCGAGGCUGUGUAACCAAGGAGUGGAGUUGGUCUACAGUAUUCUCCAAAAGACGGAUUGUAAUAUGGAUUUCUGAUGAGAUAUCUCUGGACUUGUUCAGUGGUUCUUCUGCCAUGCUCAACUUUAAGUGUGACAAUGAACUUUCUAACACUCCAUUCUCCUCUGAUACGGCCCAAGAUCUCCUCAGGGCUCACUCUCCAUACCUCUGCACAGACAACAAUGGGACAUGUGACAUCCCACAGAUGGUCAGAGCAGUGGACCGGCCGGAGGAGGCAGUGUCUGUUUGGAGGAGGGAGGGGCGAGCCACUAGGGAGCUGAGGAAGAUCCAAGAGCGAGUACAGUGCAUUUUGGAAUCGUGGCUGGACUUCUACUGCAUGGCCAUUGGGAUCAAAUGUCCCAACAUGCAGCGCAUGCCAGAUGUCCCACCGAGGUCCAGGCUGAAGAGGGAGGUACAGUCAGCCGCUUUGCCCUCUCUCAACUCACCUGAGCGCACAAACCCUGAGCCCACCCCAACACAGGAGGAGGGGCUACACGGACAACGGUCAGCACCAGGACCAAAGAAUCACAAUAAGGCUUUAAAACGCUACAGCAGUCCACAGAAAAAACGCACCAAGGAGGAAUCUCCCGUCACAUGGAUUGGACCUGUUCAGUUUUAUGGCAGCAUCAAGCGGGAGUCAGUGAUACUUCCAGUAGACCCAGAUCAACAGGCCUCAUGUGUCUCAUACCCUAUCCAACUGCCCUUCACCUCCUUUGCCCCUCUCACUCAUUGCCCCGUCCUGCUGCGAGCCGCCCUGAGUGGAAACAGUACACAGAGGCGAUGCAGCUGUAGCCCGUUAACAAUGCCACUGGUCACAGACUUGGAGUAUGAUCUCUUUAUUUUGGGCCAGCCUCCUCACAGUCACCAGAUGCUGAUUGUGUGUGUGACAUGCCAGAAUCUUUACCCCCACGCGCCGGGCAGCGACGCACUGGAGCAGCUCUACAGGAGGAGGAACAAGCACCGGAUGACGCCGUGCACUCAGAGUCAGGUGGAUUCAUUUCGACUUGUGAGAUAUGAGAUUUCAAUACCAAAGCCCUGUUAUGAGGCACAAAAAUCUCUACUGCAGCAGCGGCACAACGCAGCUCCUGGGAUGAUCCUGAUGUACAUCAAAGGGAAACUGUUGUUUAAUGGUUACAUUGACUACAGUGAUCACAGCUGCCCAAUUAAAAACAUUGAAAAUCAAAUCUCCAAAGCCAGAGGACACUACAGAUCAGGCUUAUACCUCUCUCCAGACUUCAAGUUCAGUGACAAAAUUCAUACUGUUGCAGCUAAAGACAUUUCAUCAUCCACUAUACGAGGAAAGAAUCCAAAAAAAGUCCAGAGGUGA